AAUGGAAAAAAUCAAGGAAAAAGUUCUCGAGGAGGUGACUCCUACGAUCGCUGACAUGGCAAGUUUGGGUCUUGCACUUGGAGGCGUCGGUGUAGGCAUUGCUGGUGCGGUCCAUACGGUCAAGGUUGUUAAAAGAGUACUGCUUAAGAAGGAAAACUAA